AUGGCUGUAAUCAAGAAGUGUAGCUCACUGUUGGCAGCAGUUGUGUUGCUGCUGGUGGUGGUCACCUCCUCGACGGCUCAGGAUGAUGGUCCGCUGUUCCCGCUGUCCAUCAUCCACUUUAACGAUCUGUACGCACGGUACAACGAGGUGGAUCUGGAAGGAUUCGCUUGCAUUGGCCGGGAACAGUGCCAGGGUGGUUAUGCCCGGCAAGUGUCCAUCGUCCGGGAGCUGCAGGCCCAAUCGAAUCCAACGCUUUACCUGAACUCCGGUGGCAGCUUUAAGGGUACGCUCUGGUACUCGGUGCAUCGCUGGGAGGUGAUUGCGGCCAUGCUUAACGUCCUGCCAACGGAUGCGAUGACUCUCGGUCGUUUUGACUUCUUCCAUGGACUGGAAGGACUGAAUCCGUUCAUGGCCGCCUCCGACAGUCCGAUCGUGCUGACCAACGUGGACAACUCGGGUGAACCUUCGUUCACGAACUUUGAGCGUUCGAUCGUGGUGGAGCGUGAGGGUCGUCGUAUCGGUAUCCUUGGCGUUAUCCUGCCCACGGUAUCCGCCGUCGGUGAUCCUGGCAAUCUUACCUUUACCAAUCCGGCCACAGCGAUCCGUGAGGAAGCGGAGCGACUGGACAGCGAAGGCGUAGAGAUCAUCAUCGUCAUCUCGUACAACGGAUUCAACGCCGAACGGAACAUCGCUCGCGAUUGUGGACCGCACGUGGAUCUGAUCGUUGGUGGACAAUCGAACACGGUGCUAUUCAGUGGAGAACCGAACGGAUUUCCGCUCGAGGUGGAAGGCGAAUAUCCGACGGUCGUGUUCCAGCCGGACGGACGCCGUGUGCUCGUUGUGCAGGCCGGUUCGUACGGUCGACUCGUUGGCAAUCUGACUCUGUUCUUCGAUGAGGAAGGUGAAGUCGAAAGUUGGGAAGGUAAUCCGAUCUUCCUGUCCGAGGACAUUGCCGAAGAUCCAGCCGUCCUGAGUGCGUUGGCACCGUUCCGGGAGGAGGUGGAACAGCUUGGAAACCGUACCGUGGCCGUAUCGGAAGUGGUCAUGUCUCGUAACGACUGCAUUACCGGCGAGUGCGCGAUUGGAAGCCUCGUCACGGAUUCGAUGGUUCGUGCCUUCUUCCCGGUUUACAAUGGUAUUGGCAUCCAGAACCGAGGUGGCAUCCGAGCGGAUCUGCCCACCGGAACGAUCAGCUAUAAGCAGCUGUUUGAGGUGUUGCCCUUCGAGAACCGACUCUACUCGAUGCUGCUCCGUGGCGACUAUCUGAUGGCCGUGCUGGAGCAGAGUGUCCGCAAUGCGCAGGUUGUGAAUGGAACGGUCGAAGCGAGGAACCUUCUGCAAGUGUCGGGUCUGCGGGUGACGUACCGAAUCAACAAUCCACCCGGACGACGCCUGGUAUCGCUGGAAGUGCUGUGCCAGCAGUGUACGGGCGAUGUGUACGAGCCAGUCAAUCCUUUCCGUGAGUACCGUGUCGUCGUGAGUAGCUUCCUUGCUGAGGGUGGUGACGGAUAUGCGGUUUUCGCUCGGGAAGGACAAGAUGUUGAGGAAGGCCCAGUGGAUUUGGAUGCCCUGGAUGAGUACAUCGGUCAACAGUCACCGAUCAGCUCGGUUGGUGGUGAUCGCAUUCGUUUCGUCUUCUAG